AUGCAGCAUAUCUUGCAAGAUAAGGGUUGGAGAAGAAGGAGAGGGCAAACAUGCAAACUGAACACUGGGUAUUUAGUUAUUGGAAUGGAGAAUGGAGAAAGAAAAAUGGUUUUCCCGGCUGGACUAUCGAAGGCAAAUCUCCCGGACACCAUAGAGUGCUACCUUGCUUUCAAACAAGCUUCUAAAUCUGGUAAGGGUAUUUUUUUGAGAGGUUGUCGAGCACCUCAGAACGAUGCUCCCAACAUAAGAUAG